AAAUAAAGUGAAAGGUCAAAUGACAGUCCAAAAAGGUUCAAAUCUUUAGACGUGUUCAGCGGUUAUAAUAUUGCAAAACCUUAACAGUAUCGUUUACACCUUGUUUACACGUUGAUUUCAACAUAAUUCAUCCAAAACAUGUGCUAGUGACCUAGCUGUGUGUUGUAUUCAAAAUGCAAGCGACAUAAACUUCACCUGACUUAACUCGUGCUUGCUUUGGUUUAUGCAUUUAUUUGCUGAUUUGGACUUCUGGCUCGCAUCGUCAGAUGAAUGCAUGCUUGUAGCAAUACCAGAUCAUUUACCAUGCUCGACCACCUGUUUUCGGUGUGGCUUUGGUUUGGCUCGAAUCGUACGGGCUUCUGCAGUGGGACGGUCCUGACGCUGACCCUCAUUUUGCUGGUUUGGCUAUGUGGCAUUCAAGCAAGCCUAAGCUUAGGACCUGGUGGCGAAUUUCCCGGACUUUAUGACUUCAUCUUCUACGCACUGAGUCACGAGGAGUUGACCUCCCUCCUCUACAGCGCCGGCCUCGUGCUGUGUCUCGGGCCGUGCCAGGAGAAGAGGUGGGGCACGCUGGCCUUCGUCGCGCUGUCUCUGCUCUCGGCCUCGCUGCUGCCUCCCGUCUACGCACUCUUCCUCUUCGUGACCGGCGAUGAAGCCAGCAGAGUCUGCGGCUACUCGGCCACGCAGCUCGCGUUGUUCAGCGCGCAGUGUCGCCACGGGAGGCAGAGGCGAGUUCUGCGCUGCCUGCCCGUGUGCUCUUUACCGUGGCUGUUCUUGUUGCUCGACUUGUUUUUGCUUCCCAGCGCGCCGGGAUUGCUGCACUUCUAUGCCAUUUGUCUGGGGCUCAGUUACAGUUCCGAGCUCAUUGCCAUACUGCAGCACAUGGAGGGCUACGGUGUGUGUGCCUGCCUGCCCUCUUGGACCUACGUGUCUGUCGCCUCUCAGCUACCCAGCAAGUACCAGCUGCCAACCUAUGCCAGCCCUACAAAAAGAUCAGAACCUUAUGCUGAGCCCUUGCAUAAGGAACACACUGCACCUGCAAGCAGGUCCCAGUUGGAAGAUCACGCCCAGCUGCAGCUGUGGAAAUAUUCUGGCCCAGGGUUGCCCCAAGUGCCUAUGAUGUCAGCAGACCCACAGCUAUUGGAGGAGCAGAUGCUAAGGGCGGGGAUACUCGCGUCACUACAGGAUGUACCUGAGGCCAUGGCAGACAAAGUGGAACUUCCCAAAUCCUCAGUUUCCUCAUUAAGCAGGCUGCAGCAGCUAGAGAAGAUGGGCUUCCCCACGGACAAGGCCGUGGUGGCGUUGGCCGCCACAGGGCAGCUGGACGGGGCCAUCUCCCUGCUGAUUGACGACCAGGUCGGGGAGGAGGCAGUGGUCAUCUCCAAAGGGAAAAAACCUUCAAGCACUUAGCUCAGGGCUGCUCACGUGCUAAAUCGAGGGACUGCUCUUUCAAUAGGGAUGAACUGAAAUGCACCACGUCUGUCCAGGAUGAAAAAUACAAAAUUCACAUCAUCAGUUGGAGCUAAACUGAUCUGACUGUAAUUUAUUUGAGAGGCAAGAUUUAAAAAUCCCCUGGAUUGGUUAAAGAAAGUGAAUGUUAUUUAUUAUUCUGUGAACUGGAGAGUGGUUACAUCACAAGAAAAACUUAUCAGGCACUGAACGUGUAUUUAUAUGGAGGCCUUGUGUUACAGGGACAUUGGUAGUCCUUCCAGCUGUAGAAUAAGACCGGUGUGUGGAAAUGAAUGUUUUGUGUAAUAAAAUACCCAGACCCAUGUUCCCAUGGUAACACAACUGUUAAUGUUUCUCUGAAAGAGGAUGUGCUACAUGGUGUAAGUAAAGGUGCUCCAUGUAUGUGUCUCUGCGUUUAAAAAGCAAUCGCCA